AAAACACUUGCAGAUAAAAACUUGUUAGUUCGGACGCAGACCGCUUUGUUCGCGAGCGAUUUUUUUUUUGUAAAUUUUGCAAAAAAAAGGAUGUUUGAUUAACCUUAGAUUCAGUGUAACGAUCGUCAAUUAUGGCUAAUCUUUUGAAAAGGACCUUCAGUGCUCUUAGCAAUAAAGAGGGGUCGCACAAAGACCACAGUCGAGAGCCGAGCAGAGAAUCAAGUGUUGAUAAUGUGUCGUCUAGCCGCGAGGACAUGAAUCGGGAGAACGUCUCCACGAAGAUAGCCGCCGGCAUGGACCGGUGGCAGAACACUCUCGAAGAUAUGAUCAACUUACGCUCCUCGCAUAAUCAAGUCUUCAAGGAUAACUAUUGGGCUCAGAAUGGUUUUGAUGAACUUCGUCGUUAUGUGAAACAAGGAAGCGACUUCAGCAAGGAGCUAGCUUCAAUAUUACAAGAAAGAGUCGAGGCGGAAAAUUAUUAUUCAAAAUGCUUGGCCAAGCUCAGCACCAAACUAAGCAAAGCGUGCAAAGAAAGUGUCGGCUCCUGCGCGGAAGCAUGGAAACAUGUCGCCUUAGAAAUGGAGAAACGUGCUGAAAUACACAGAAAUUACUCAAGUGGCCUAUCGGAUGAGCUAGUGAAACCAAUGAAACACGUAAUCGACAGUCAAUUGAAACUUAGGAAGAAGAUUGAAGGGAACGUGGAUAAGACUACACGGACCUUAUCCGAUUGGCGAACUGCUGAAGCCAAGUCCAAGAAACAGUCUCACGCCGCUGCGAGAGAGAACGAGAAGUUGCAAGACGCCUCUCUAGAGUUUAGUCGCAUUUCGCGCAGUUCAAGUGUGGGUCACAUUCCGCAUGCCCAUUCGAUUUUGACCGCGGCUAGAGCUGAACGCGUCACAACAACGUCAAAUGAAAGAGACGCAGCUAAACUCCAAGUGAAGAAACGGAAGACAGAGGAUGCUGUCAAGAAAACUGAAGUGGAUUAUUAUAACGUUUGUGUUCAAGCUGAAAGAGCCAGAUUGGAAUGGGAAACCAGCGUUAUGAAAGGAGCUGGUAUGCUGGAGUCUCUUGAGGAAGAGAGACUUUCACAGCUGAAGACUGCAGCCGAUUGCUACCUCAGAUUAACUUCUGCAGUACCUUCCCAAUUAGCUGAGGCCACGAACACACUGGUGAAUCCGAUUAAGAAUGCAAACGCAAAUGUUGACAUGAGGGUCGUGCGUGGAGUGCGAUCAGCCCCCGCAGGCGCGAGUGAACAACUCUUGCCUGAUUUCUACUGUGAACACACGACCUUAGCUAUGAAUCGGGAACGACGCAAACAGGCCAUUUUGAAAAUCCUACAGCUUGUCAAACAAGAUAUCGACAGAGAGCGCAAGUCGAAACAAGGACUAGAAAAGCUAUCGAUGGCCAUCAAACAAACACCGACAUUCGGAAACGAUGAUUCGCAGCAAAAUGUCGCAGAUAAACUUUAUCAUAUGAGAAGCAUGCUAACGUAUUUAGAAGCAAUUAGGUACAAAAUCACGGCGAGUCUAAACGAAUUAGACAAUAGAACCCCAGUGCAGCAUCCUCUAUCCACACACAUACAAGUGGUCAGGGAUAAGCAAGGCUUACAACAGAGCAUACUGAAGGUACCACCGUGGUUGCAAACUGAUUACCAGAACGAAGUAAAUAAAAACCUCCAACCUAACUACUCCGCGCUAACUAAAAGCGUUAACGGAGGUGAAGAAAGAGAAAGGCGGGAUUCGAUAAUGAGUAGAGCAUCUAGCAAGUUAAGGAUAGAACAUCUUUCAUUUAGAAGAAACACUGAGAACAAGAGUGCGCCGGCGACCCCCGUGAUGACUCCUAUAAGUGUCGAUUUACCGACGCCGACGCUGCUGGACGGCAAGGCGCAGAUGUUGGGGACCCCAGUCCCGCCUGAGAGUCCUUUAGAUUGGAGCGAACGUGGUGCCGGUGACGGUCUUUCGAAUCAACAUGACAGUGAUUUUGAUGAGUUUUCGUCACAAAGUGACAGCUCCACUGACUUGACUGAUAUGAUGAAGAAUGAGAACGGGGAUGGCGCAUCGCAGACUCCUUCCUUGGGGAAAUGCAGGGCAUUAUACACUUACGAAGCGAGACUGAAUGAUGAGCUCACGUUGUCUCCAGGAGACAUAAUAAAUAUCCACGAAAAACAGGAUGACGGCUGGUGGUCUGGCGAUCUCAACGGCUCCUACGGAAUCUUCCCUUCUUCGUAUGUCGAGGAAAUCAACUCAUGCAUUUGAGGACGUAGAUCAAUAAUUAGUCAAACUAGUAUUUUAAUUUGCAGAGGAGAGAGGCGUUCGUUUAUAAUAAAACAAUCAGAUACUUAAUUCCUGAUUAAAUUUACAAAUUAGAUCCAGAUAUAUCGAUCAUUAGUGUUCGCAGCCUAUUAAUAAAAACAAAUUAGCGAAGAUGUAUCCUUUUAAUUCAUAGUAUUGUUUUCUGGAAAUACAAUCGUGUAUCUAUAUAAUACCUAACUAGCCUGUGUAGGUAAUCAUGCAAACGUCAACGAAAUAAAAUAUUUACAUUGAAUCGUCAUAAAGUUUAUCAAAUUUCGAAAUUACUGAUCAGUAAUACAUUGUAUACAACUAACUCCUUUCGAAUAAAUUGAAAAAAAUUUUUUUAACAAAUCUGCAUGUUGUGAUAAAUAUAAUGCUAUAUAGUAAAUUAAUGUGAGAACUGAGGAUAAACUUAUUGAUACUUACUUAAUUUAUGUAGUAAGUCGUUUAUUUUUCUAAGUGAUAAAAACGUAAUAAUCAUGUACGUUCUGGAACAAAUAUGUAUGUGAUUUUCACGUAUUCAGUUAUUCGGAAUAAGUAUAUUUGCUUUUUGAAUGUUAUUUACAUUCAAAAACUUGUUUUGUUGGUUAUAUUAAUUAUUGAUUACAUAAAUCAAUAAGUGACUUUCAAAGCGAUGUCUUCCAUUCUUAAAAUCAUUCGUGAUUUAGUCAUCAAUCGACACCACGCUUUUUUAUUUUACAAAAGCAUUAAAUAUUGUUUUUUUUGUUUAUGAAUUACGUAUUAUGCAUGUCAUUAUUCUAAAACUAGAAAAGAUCUCGUUUUUCUCCAAACUUAGAGAGUAGCGGAUAUUUUUAGUAUAUUUUCGUUUAUAUGUAUUAUGUAAACGUUAGCAUUUCUUCAUACUAGUAUUAACUAGUAAUGUUAAGAAAACGAUAAUUUUACCAUUUCAAUUCAAAACAUUAAGUGGCUGUUAUAUUAUUCUUGAUGUUUCAAUUUUAUUACAAAUUGUAAAAAAAUAAAUAAAUAAAUAAAUAAGAAUUCGUUUAAAAGAUUUACCAUAACAUUAGUUUGAAGUUUCUUUCCAUAGGUACCUACUCCACGCAAGUAUGUGUAUUAUUUCACAGCAAAUAAUCUGUGCCUUAUUGUACCAAUGAAUCCCCGAAUAUAUUCGAAUAGUCUUUGAAGUUUCUAUCCAUUUCUAUAAACAUUGUUUAAGUAACAAACACCAACACAAAUAAGAUUUAAGUAUAAUAUUAUUACAGUUUAUAUUCAAAUAAUUUUAGAUGUGCCAAACAUCUAAACUUAUGGCGAAGAGAAAUUAGAUCGCACCACGAACACAGUACCGAGUCUAAAUUCACACGAUAUUCUCAUUUAUUUCAACGACAUUAAUACUGCAGCAACUUUGUGUAGUUUAUUGUAAUAUAUAUAGUUCUCUUUUGUCACUCGUGAGCUUUGAAGUCGACUGAGAUCUAAUUGAGGCAUGGACGAAUACGCGCAUUCAGAAUUUUGUCAUCAUCGCAGGCAGAUUGGUCCCUGAUUUUAAUUGCCCCCCUUCUUACCAGAGGCAUAGAAAUGUCAUUAUUUCCUUACCUUAUUUGUAUAAAAAUAUGACAUUCGACGCCACGUUCAGGUAACACAGUUAAAACUAGUCUCGUGGAAUAUGAAUGUGAAUUCCUUUAAUAGGUACGUGCUUCAGGUAAGUUUCGCUUUCAGUAGGGUGUAUGAGUUUUGGUAAUAACUUUAUACCGUAUGUAGGCCGUGAGAUUGUCUGCCAGUCAGAUCACCCAGAGAGAAAAGGGCCCUCUCUAUCUUUCUUUCUCUCUCUCUCGUCUUAUGCUCUUCAGACUCAAAAGUCGAACAUCGACUUCAAUGUUGGCACUCCAAUGUAUCACUCAACUCUUGCCGCAACGUAUCACUCAAUUCUUACCGCAAGCCCACGUUUAGCAAUAUUUAAUGUAACCCAUAUUAGUCCAUUAUAUCACUGUGAUUGUUGGUGUGUUAACAGAGACAUCUAUAUUUUUCGAAAUUACUCUUUAUCGAAAAUGAAAUUAAAUUUAUCAUUUUAUAUGGCGUCGUUUAGGAUCAUAAAAAAUAUGUAAUAUUUUCUUAAUUAUUUUUCUGAGAAUUAAUAAAGAUACGCUAAGGCAACAUAAUUUUAUUUCAUAAUUUAUUAGAUUUAUUAGAUUGUUUCACGAAACAAAUAUGAAUGUAAAAUAUUAGGUGUUACUAUAAAAAAAUAAAUGUACCAAAGUGUUGUUAAUUAUUAAAAAAUUAUAUUGUUCUGUAAUUUGGAA